UAACUUGUGAAUAAGAAAGCAAAGGUUGAUAGAAAUGGCCCAUUAAGAAGAGAUCACUGGCUCUAGCCCAGGUGGUCAAGUUCCGUGGUUUACACCCUAAAUCCAGCUCCAUUUUGUCCCAUUAAGAUUAGGAAUGGGCUAACCAAUAACAAAUACUACGAGACGGUGCGUUUUGUCGGCUGGUGGCGAAAGCCUGGAAUAUGAGAAACGAAACGGCGCUUAAUUGCUCUGACAAAGACGGAACUCUGAAGCAGGAAACCUGAAGCGAAGAGCGUCAAGAAGUUGCCAUACUUCCUCCUUUGAAACAAUUCAAAGGGAGCCACGGAAUUCUUAUGUCAGCCUUAUUGUUCACUACAUUGUGUACUGUCUUGAUUCUUGACUGUUGCUACUGCUAUGGCUGCGGCCAAGACUCGGGCAAGUAGCUUCUCUCGAAACCUUUCGGCUGCAGCCCCAUCUCAAGGCCCUGGACUUAAGUGUGGGCCAAAUGGCUUGGUCUUUCUAUCUUCCGGGAUACCCGACCUUGACAAGAUAUUAGGUGGAGGAUUCCCUUUGGGAAGCCUAGUUAUGGUGAUGGAAGAUGCAGAAGCACCUCAUCACAUGCUUUUGUUGAGGAAUUUCAUGGCUCAGGGACUUGUUCACAACCAACCUCUUCUCUAUGCUAGUCCAGCCAGAGACCCAAGAGGGUUUUUGGGUACUUUGCCCAGUCCUGCUGCAUCCAAAGAUAACAAAUCCUAUGAAACUGAUCCAGAUCAGUCUAAAAACUUGCAGGAAAAAGGUCUGAGAAUUGCUUGGCAGUAUAAGAAGUACUUUGGUGAAAACCAACUCAAUUUUGAUGGUCAAAAAGGCAGUUUAUCCCUUGAUGGUAAACAUGAGUACUCUAAUGAAUUUGACUUGCGGAAGCCCCUAGAUAGGCACUUCCUCAAUAGGCAGCAUGUAGAUUGUGUUAGCAUCCAAGAUUCUCCUGAUCUUUCUGUUCUUCGUGACCGUUGUUCAACAUUUUCAUCCCAGUUUCCACGAAAUGAUGGCAGCGUUUCAUGUGCUGGUCGUAUCGCUAUCCAAUCAUUUUGUGCUCCUCAAUGUGCAUAUUCCAACAUGGAAUGGGAUAUGCUUUCAUUUAUUAGAUCUCUGAAAAGCAUGGUACGGUCUUCAAAUUCAGUUGCAAUAAUAACCUUUCCACCUUCCCUUCUUUCACCAUCCUUCUGUAAAAGAUGGCAGCACAUGGCAGACACAUUGCUUUCUGUGAAAGCAAUUCCAGACGAAGACAAGGAUUUGGCACAACUCCUCACUGGUUACCAGGAGAUGGUUGGCUUUCUGAACGUGCACAAAGUAGCACGCAUCAACACACAGGUUCCUGUCAUUCUUGAGGCAACAACUUUUUCAAUCAAGUUGCAAAAGCGUAGGUAUUUGGUUUUAGAAUGUCUAAAUCAGGCCCCUGUCGAUGGAUCAAGUGGAACUUCGUAUGGAACAUCUGGUAGUUGCUCUGGUUCCUCCAAGGCUGGGAACCUUGAUUUUUGACUGAAUACUUCUGAAGAAUGAGAGAAACGGUCUCCUGCUUUUUUCUUCCUUGCUGAUUGACUUUUUCCAUACAAAUAAUUUAUGGUCAUGUUCUAUAUGCAACAUCUUGAAUUUUAUUUAAAAACGUGUUUGUUGAUUAAGGUUUGAGUAAUGUUUCAAGCUUUGUUCAUAAUUUUAGUUUAAAAUUGCUACUAUUCAUUUGCUUUGUUGCUAGAUUAUUAGAUUUUUAAUUUUAGUAAGAUUAAAAUCCUGACAGUUUCAUUUUCAAUCCAAACU